GUUUUCCUCCUAAUCUCUCCUCUUUGAAAUACCCUUAGCUGCUGACAUGUAUUAAAGAAACUGAAAGGAGACGCAGAAAAACCAAGCAAAGAAAAAGGGAGGAAAAAGCAAAUAUGGAAGAGCAGUUGAAGACUAUCACUCAGGAAAUCGGGGAACCCAAAUUCGAUACGCUCCGAUUCGGACUCCAAAGCGUCAAAGGAGAAAUCGUUGGAUCGCAUCCCCUUGAAUCUGCUUAUCAUACUACGCACGUGAGGCAGCAGCAGAUGAAGAGGCAGAUUCUGGCCAGAGCUUACGGGUCGGCUUUCCCUUUGAAGAUGGAAUUCGAUCGAGAAAUCCUCUCCAAGAGAUUUCAAAGACCAGCUGGUGCGAUUCCAUCAUCAUAUUUGGGGUUAGAGGCUAUGACUGGGGCUUUGGAAGAUUUUGGCUUCGAGGAUUAUCUCAAUGAUCCAAGGGAUUCUGAAAGUUUCACUCCGGCUGACAUGCAUCAUGGAAUGGAAGUGCGUCUUGGAAUUUCCAAGGGACCAGUCUGCCGCAGUUUCACAUGAAACAGUUAGCUGGAAUUAUUGGAAGACGAUUGUUGAUUUCUGUACUACUAUUAUUCAUGUAGUGAAGCUGCUGCUUUCUUUUCAUGUCAUGGCUUGCUUGUACGCUAGUCCGUGGAAUUUUUAACAUAUUCGACGUUGCAAUGAUGAACAAUUCGGUCCUAAGUUAUGGCUUUCCUUAUUGCUGAGGUCUCUCUGGGUCAUGGUAAUCUCCCAGACCUAGUUUGGAUGGUGAUUGGAAAAAAAAAAAAAAAAAAAUCAGUACCAGCAUUGGAUUGGAUUGGACACUUGCAGCAGCCUUGUUCGCGAGUCUCUCAACUCAAAGUCAGAAAAAGAAAAAGAAACCAUGUUCUCUUUUCCCCUCGCAAACGCAAAUGCGACGAGAAAGUGAUAGGAAGUCUUUUAAAAUUUGCAAUCCGACCCACUCUGCAACUGCUAGAAUCUCAAAAGCGAUCAUCAAUCGUAAAUAUUGACUGUUGUCUCUUUUCUUCUUCAUUUUUUUUAUGUCCGGAUGCGCCUCUGUGUGCUUGCUUACCAAACAUCUGAACUUAAAAAAUUUUGGAUUCAUAUUUUCCUUCGCCUUUUAAAUUCCACCGUUCUCCUGUUAAAUUUUAAGAAGUAAAUUACAAAAACUCUCAAACCAGGCGUUGUUCAAGUCAUGAAUAAGUGAAUCACUCAUCACCAUUGAAUUUUUUUUUUUAAUUUACAGUUCACUUUUCUUCCUCCCAAGUCCCAAUUCCUAACUUUGAGUAAUCAACUGCUACUUGUCAUCCUGAUCCAAAAAAGCAUAGCAAUCUCCUCUAAAUGUUCCUUCCACCUGAAAAGCCACUCUGCCACUUCCUCCACCUCCACUGACCUAAACCUUAGAUGUCCAGCUCCUACGCAGUAAUAGCAAAACCCUAAACCGCAGAGAUGGAAACUCGCCGAGUCCCGCGGGCCGUGAGCGACCCCAAGGUCAGACAAGUCGGGUUUUUCGCGCCCGGGGCACCACCCGACCGGUCCCAAUCUGGUCCACCCCAUCCGGCCUCCUCCUCCCCUCCUGUCUCUGAAAUCUCCCCCUCCGGCAACUCUCUGUCCCCGGUGAUGAUUCCUCCGCCGCGUCACCUUUCCGCCGACCUUGCUCGCGGGCCCCAUUUCUCUCCUGCUGCCCCGCUCUCCCCUAUGCGGGCCGCCCGCGACUCUAUCCCCGUCGGCAGCUACAAUCCCUCCGAGUUUGUCGCUCCCACGGCCUCAGAGUUCACUGACGAUGCUCUCUCCCCUAAUUGGACUGCUCGCCGGAGCAAUUCUGGUAAAUUUGCUUCCUCCCUGCCAGCUGGUGGAUUUGAUAUGUCAUCCCUUAAGCAGAAUAAUUUCCCGGCUAGUAGUUUAACCACCGUCUCCAUUGUCAACAUGCCCCCUGGCAUAACAGAAAAAGAUGGCGGAGCUGGUGUUGAAGUGCAGAAGGAGCGAUCGAAGACGGGAUCCAAGGCCAGUUUGAAGCCACUGAAAGAGCAGACCACAAAAGCAGAAAGGCGUGCAAUUCAAGAAGCUCAACGAGCAGCAAAGGCUGCAACUAAAGGUGAUGGUAGUAAGACACCAGCUGCUUCAUCUGGUUUGGGUUCUUCAGCAAAUGCAAACCCAGGGAAGGCUGCAAAGGCUUCUCCACAGAAGAAGGAUAACUCUCCUGUUGCAGCUUCUGAAAAAAGAGGCAGUGAUCGUCCACAAGACAAAGACAGGAAGAAGGAUGUCCCUCACCCCCGUAUGCAGUUUGAUGAUAAGAGCCGAGUUGAGAAGGCAAAGAAACGAUCUGUUGUUAAGCAGACCGAAGCAAAGAACAGGGUUGAACUGUUUAGGCAUUUACCUCAGUAUGAACAUGGAACAAGGCUCCCUGAACUUGAAUCGAAGCUGUUUCAACUAGAUCCUGUUCAUCCUGCUGUUUAUAAGGUUGGUCUGAGGUAUCUAGCUGGUGAUAUAUCUGGUGGCAAUGCGCGCUGUAUUGCUAUGCUUCAAGCAUUUCAAGAGUCAAUUAAAGACUACUCAACACCGCCUGAAAAAGCUCUUAUUAGGGACUUGACUUCGAAAAUAAAUUCUUAUGUAUCUUUUCUGAUUGAGUGCAGACCCCUUUCAAUCAGUAUGGGCAAUGCUAUUAGAUUUCUUAAAUCAAAAAUUGCCAAAUUAUCUUUGGCCUUGUCUGAAUCAGAGGCAAAAGCAAUUCUUUUGUCAGAUAUUGAUCGAUUUAUCAAUGAGAAGAUAAUUCUAGCUGAUAAGGUAAUAGUCAGACAUGCUGUAACAAAGAUUAGGGAUGGCGAUGUUCUUCUCACAUAUGGAUCAUCCUCUGCUGUUGAGUUGUUGUUGAUACACGCCCAUGAGCUUGGCAAAAAUUUCCGUGUUGUGGUAGUCGAUUCACGUCCAAAGCUUGAAGGGAAGCUGUUACUUCGCAGAUUGGUAGGAAAGGGUAUUAGCUGUACAUACACUCACAUAAAUGCUGUUUCUUAUAUAAUGCAUGAAGUUACUCGAGUAUUUUUGGGUGCUUCCUCAGUAUUGUCUAAUGGAACGGUUUACUCGAGGGUUGGCACUGCUUGUGUUGCAAUGGUUGCUCACCAGUUCCGAGUUCCAGUACUUAUAUGUUGUGAAGCCUAUAAGUUUCAUGAAAGGGUGCAGCUCGAUUCAAUUUGCUCUAAUGAACUUGGUGAUCCAGACAUGAUUGCAAAGGUUCCUGGUAGGAAAGAAAUUGACUCUUUGGAUGAUUGGGCCAAUAGUGAUAAUUUGCAGCUUUUGAACCUCAUUUAUGAUGCAACACCAUCAGAUUAUGUUUCGAUGAUCAUCACAGAUUAUGGUAUGAUACCUCCCACUAGCGUACCUGUCAUUGUUCGAGAAUACCGCAGAGAACAUCUAUGGACAUAGCGGAAUAUAACACCUACUAUACAUUUAUUUGAAGCUUCAGUGGUGGUUCUUGAGGAUGACAGAGAGAUAUUGACAAUCUUCAGCAACUUCAAAUUAGUUUCUCCUUGAUUUCUUUUUUGGAAUAAUGAGUUGUCUUUUCCAUGUACGUUAUGUUUUUGGUUUGAUUCUAUUUUCACCUGACUCUGUGAAGAGUGCGUUUCGUCCGCCUCUCCGAGCAGUUUUAGGAAAAUAUGUACGUUGUUAUGAGCUUUCUAGCCCUCUUAAGGAAAUUUGCAAUUUUUGCUCUCCAUAAA